UUCUGGAUAAGAAAACGGUAGGGCGGGGGAUGGUGGCUUCAGCUGAGGGUUUCCCUUCACGUUUCAUGGCGGGAUAGGCUAUCGAGGGUUCUUAGGGAUGGGCCGGAGCCCGAAGCCCAAAAUCCCAAGACGCGACGGUUGGUAACCCGACCCGCCAUCUGAGCGCCAUGAUUGGUGGAUGUGAUUUCGCCGCCGGAUUGGCUGAGAGAGCAAAGCGCGUAGUUUGAAACCUUGCUUCAGAAACAAAGCUGCCCCUCGUGGGUGGAGCGGACCUGGGCCAGGAGCUGCAGGACUACCUGGGGCUGAAGGACUGUAGCGGUCGGAGGCUACAGGGAGAGUAGAGACCUAGGACGCCAGGAGAAUCCAGAGCGAGUUCCCCGCACUGGAGACAGAGCUUGGAGAGUCUUCGCGCCAACAGGAGGAACUAACCACCGUUGUCAUGUCUCGGGGUAUCCAGACCCCGCCUGUGGGCCUCCUCUCGGAUGAGGAAAUCGUCGUGUCGCCCAUGUUCGAAUCCACUGCUGCUGAUUUGGGAGUUGGGAUCCAAAAAGACCUGUUGUCUGAAUUUUCUGCUAUCUCCCCUACCCCGAUAGAGGACAAAGAGCAGGUUGUACCUGAGGAUGGUACAGAGAAGGUAAAAGUAUACUUGAGAGUCCGACCCCUGCUGCCUUCAGAGGUGGAGAGACAAGAAGAACAGGGCUGUGUUCGAAUCGAGAACCCAGAAACCCUUGUUCUGCAGGCACCCAAGGACUCUUUUGCCAUGAGAAGCAAUGAGAGAGGUGUGGGCCAAGCCACUCAUAGAUUCACCUUUUCCCAGAUCUUUGGACCAGAAGUAGGACAAGCAUCUUUCUUCAACCUGACAGUGAAACAAAUGGUUAAAGACGUGCUUAAAGGCUACAACUGGCUCAUUUAUACAUAUGGAGUUACUAACUCUGGAAAGACCCAUACUGUCCAGGGUAGCAACAAGGAUGGGGGGAUCCUACCUCGUUCUCUGGCUGUGAUCUUCAAUAGUAUUCAGAACCAGCUCUAUCCAGCCUCUGAUCUGAAGCCUUCAUUUGCUAAUGAAGUGAUCUGGCUAGAUAGCAAGCAGAUGAGGCAGGAAGAGAUGAAGAAGUCAGCCCUGCUGAAUGGCAGCUCUCGGGAGGAGGAAUUGAUAAACUCUCUGAAGAAAAGCCACAACACUGAAUCACUACGGCUGGGGACCAGUGCCAGUUUUGACAGUGGCAUUGCUGGACUCUCUUCUACUAGCCAUUUGACUAGCCAAAGCAGUGUCAGCCUCAGCCAGAUGGAGGACACAUGUUGUAAAUGGGCUGAGCCAGAUACUGCCUCAUUCUGUGUCCCAGCUGAUGUCCGGUUCUCUAUCUGGAUCUCCUUCUUCGAGAUCUACAAUGAGAUGAUCUUUGACUUGUUGGAGCCCCCUAGCCAGCAGCGAAAGAGGCAGACACUCCGGCUGUGUGAAGACCAAAAUGGCAAUCCCUAUGUGAAAGAUCUGAAUUGGAUUAACAUCCAGGAUGCUGAUGAGGCCUGGAAGCUCCUGAAACUAGGUCGUAAAAAUCAGAGCUUUGCCAGUACUCACCUGAACCAGAACUCCAGUCGCAGCCACAGCAUUUUCUCCAUCCGGAUCUUGCACCUGCAGGGAGAAGGCAACGUGGUGUCUAAGAUCAGCGAGUUGUCCCUGUGUGAUCUGGCUGGCUCAGAGCGCUGCAAGGAACAGAAGAUGAGUGAGCGGAUGAAGGAGGCAGGGAAUAUCAACACUUCCCUUCAUACCCUGGGCCGCUGUAUUACUGCCAUACGUCAGAACCAGCAACGACUCAAGCAAAACCUAAUCCCCUUCCGUGACAGCAAGCUGACCCGAGUGUUUCAGGGCUUCUUCACAGGUCGUGGCCGCUCCUGCAUGAUUGUCAAUGUGAAUCCUUGUGCCUCUACCUAUGAUGAGACCCUUCACGUGGCCAAGUUCUCAGCCAUUGCCAGUCAGCUUGUUCAUGCUCCACCUGUGAAACUAGGACUUCCAUCCCUACAUUCAUUCAUUAAAGAGCACAGUCUACGAGCCUCUCCCACUUUGGAAACAGGGGUUAAGCAGGAACCAGGGCCUGAUGAAAACAGUGGUGAUGAAGUUGACAUCUCCAUGUAUGACAAAGAGGAGCUACUGCAAGUGGUGGAAGCCAUGAAAGAGCUUCUGCUACAAGAGCGGCAAGAGAAGCUGAAAUUGGAGAUGCAGCUUCGUGAUGAAAUUUGUACUGAGAUGAUAGAGCAGAUGCAACAACGGGAGCAGUGGUGCAGUGAACACUUAGAUACUCAGAAAGAGUUGUUGGAGGAAAUGUAUGAGGAUAAACUGAAGAUCCUGAAGGAGUCCCUGCAGAGUUAUUACCAGGAAGAGCUCCAGGAGCGGGAUGAAAAGAUUAAGGAGUUGGAGGAAGCCCUGGAAGAGGCUAAGAAGCAGUCUGUGCCCCAAGAGACAGGCCUGCAUUUGGAUCCCGAGCAGUCCUUGCGCAGAUCUCAGCGAGUGGCUUCCUCUAUUUUUAACAAGCAGCUUCAGGAGACUAAAGCCAGACUGGAACAGUGCAAGGCAGAGCUGGCUUCUACCACUGAAGAGCUGCGGAAGUACCAGAGAAUGUUAGAUCCACCUCCUUCAGCCAAACCAUUCACCAUAGAUGUGGACAAGAAGUUAGAGGAGGGGCAAAAGAACAUCAGGCUGCUGAAGACCGAACUACAGAAACUUGGGGAGUCCCUCCAGUCAGCUGAGAGGGCCUGUUGUCAUAGCACUGGAGCAGGAAAACUCCGCCAGGCCCUGACCAUCUGUGAUGACAUCCUGAUCAAACAGGACCAGACCCUAGCUGAACUACAAAAUAACAUGAUGCUAGUAAAACUGGACCUUCGGAAGAAAGCUGCCUGCAUUGCUGAGCAGUAUCAUACAGUCAUGAAGCUGCAGGGUUCUUCCUCCUCUGUUUCCUUAAAAAAGCGGCAAGGUCCCAACCAGGAGAACCAGCAGCCCCCCCAGCAACCCCCAGGAAAGAAACCCUUCCUUCGAAACUUGCUUCCUCGAACGCCUACUUGCCAAGGCCCAGCAGAAAACAGUCCCUACAGCCGCAUUCUGCGUUCCCGGUGCACCCCUUUACUCAAGUCUGGGCCUUUUGGGAAAAAAUACUAAGAGAACAAUUAUAAAACUAGCACUUGAGCUAAAGUGGGGCAAGUUGCUCUAUGCAUGAAGUUGUGAUGUUCUUUAUAAGCUUUAAUGUACACCAAGGGCUUUAUCCAAGAUGGUAUAUUCUAGUGGCUGCUUUUUUCCUUAUAUGUAAUAUAAUUAUGUUAAAAUCUGCUUUCAUUUUUUUUAAUGGUUCCUAUGCACUCAACAUGUAUGUAUGUACAUUAUAAUAAAUAUACUUAGCCUU